CUUAAUGGAAUCAAUCAUCGUUGGAGAAUAGCCUCAGGCCGAAUCUGUGAUCUGUAGCCUUCAAUACCCAAAGAAAAUGGCCUUUCUUCGCCCAAGAAAUUACGAAAAUGCCAUCCGAAAAUAAAUUGGCCCAAAUCGAUGCUUAACGAACUUAUCAUCCGUGGAGAAUAGGAUCAAUAGACUUCAUUAUCGGUGGAGAAUAGCCUCGGCCUGAUUCCGUGAUCUGUAGCUUUCCGAAUCGAAAGAAAAUGGCAUUUCGGAUAAAUCGCCCGAAAUCUGUGAUGGUACCCCUUUGGAAUCUGCCAAAAAUUGACCCGGAAUAAAUCCUCCCAAAUCGGUGCUUAAUGGAUUCAAUCAUCGUUGGAGAAUAGCCUCAGGCCGAAUCCGUGAUCUGUUGUAGCCUUCAAUACCCAAAGAAAAUGGCCUUUCGUCGCACAAGAUAUUACGAAAAUGUCAUCCGAAAAUAAAUGGGCCCAAAUCGAUGCUUAACAAAGUUAUCAUCCGUGGAGAAUAGGAUCAAUAGACUUCCUUAUCGGUGGAGAAUAGCCUCGACCUGAUUCCGUGAUCUGUAGCCUCCAUAAUCGAAAGAAAAUGGCACUUCGGAUAAAUCGUCGGAAAUCUGUGAUGGUACCCCUUUGGAAUCUGCCAAAAAUUGACCCGAAAUAAAUUCGCCCAAAUCGGUGCUUAAUUGACUCAAUCAUCGUUGGAGAAUAGCCUCAGGCCGAAUCUGUGAUCUGUAGCCUUCAAUACCCAAAGAAAAUGGCCUUUCGUCGCACAAGAUAUUACGAAAAUGCAAUCCGAAAAUUAAUUGGCCCAAAAAGAUGCUUAACGGACUUAUCAUCCGUGGAGAAUAGGAUCAAUAGACUUCCUUAUCGGUGGAGAAUAGCCUCGUCCUAAUUUCGUGAUCUGUAGCCUCCAUAAUCGAAAGAAAAUGGCAUUUCGGAUAAAUCGCCUGAAAUCUGUGAUGGUACCCCUUUGGAAUCUGCUAAAAAUUGACCCGGAAUAAAUCCGCCCAAAUCGGUGCUUAAUGGACUCAAUUAUCGUUGGAGAAUAGCCUCAUGCCGAAUCUGUGAUCUGUAGCCUUCAAUACCCAAAGAAAAUGGCCUUUCGUCGCCCAAGAAAUUACAAAAAUGCCAUCAGAAAAUAAAUUUGCCCAAAUCGAUGCUUAAGAGACUUAUCAUCCGUGGAGAAUAGGAUCAAGAGACUUCAUUAUCGGUGGAGAAUAGCCUCGGCCUGAUUCUGUGAUCUGUAGCCUCCAGAAUCGAAAGAAAAUGGCAAUUCGGAUAAAUCGCCCGAAAUCUGUGAUGGUACCCCCUUGGAAUCUGCUAAAAAUUGACCCGGAAUAAAUUCGCCCAAAUCGGUGCUUAAUGGACUCAAUCAUCGUUGGAGAAUAGCCUCAGGCUGAAUCCGUGAUCUGUAGCCUUCAAUACUGAUGACUCGGUAUUUGCACAUGUUUUCCCCUUUGUUUCUUGAUUGUUUGAGCUUGAAUUAUUGCGUCUUUGGCCUAUUUUAUGCUAGGUUGUAUUCCUUUGUCCCAUUUCAGGUCCUAGCACAUAAAGUGAAGCAUAGGCGCAAGUUUCAAGUCAAUUUGAGAUCAAUUGACGAUUCGAGAGAAGAAACUCGGGCAUGACCUGAAGAAGAAUGGAUUUCUACCUCACUUUAUGGACAAAGAAUCAUGCAAGCUUGUUAUGAAACGAAAGAGGACGAGACUACCAGCGUCUGGGAUCAAACGGCGAUUGAUUCGGAGUCCGGACGAGGGAGAAACGAAGCAUUAAACAGAGGCUGAGCAAGCUGCACGGGCAGACCAGGGAGGCUUCACGGCCGUGCACGUGAGCAAUAUGGCCGUGCGCCUUAUGCCGAGGACACGCACGGGCAACCCCUGAAGCUCGCACGGCCGUGCACCCUGGCCGUGCGAGAGGGCUAAGUUCGACUAAAUGACACGCUGCGUUUUGAGUUGCACGGCCAGAAUGGUGAUAUGCACGGCCGUGCACCCUGGCCGUGCGAGUCGGGAUUUCCUGGUUUUAAGCCAAAUUCCGAACCAAAGAAGAGGAGAGCUGGGUUUUUGGAUCCCAAACACCCAAGGGACGAACCCUAGAGAGAGAGGGCGAUUUGAGGGCAUUCUUGGAGUAGAGAAGGAGGAUUUCUUCGCCUUGGAAGCUCGAGGAACAAGCCCGGACUUGAAGACUGAUCAUCUGAAGAUUCUUACUGCAGUCUCUCUCUUCUCUAUGGAGUAACUUCCCUUCACUUAGGUAUUGAGGAACCCUAGCUAUGUUUGUUUGAUUGGAUGAUUGUAUGAUUACUCUGACUGGAUAAUCUUGAGUUCAUAUUCAAUCUAUGCAUGUUUUCAUGAUUCAAUUCUGCUUUAGUCGAGAUUAUUGAUUCUGCUUUGAUUCUAUGAGAGGGAAUACCUGAUUAGGUCAAUAGAGCACCAUAGAUUGAUAGUAGUGGAUCGAUUGCUUUAGUCGAGGGUUGAUUCACUGCUUUGUAUCGAUUGAGAACCUCUUUCGAUAGAGGGAGUCUAGUUCAGAACGCCUUGAUCAGUUGUUCUAGAGAAGGAUACGUCCCUCUAGGCAAUUGACUCAAGAGGGCCUUGUUCCUUUAGUCGAGACUCAAGGUCUAGUCAAGGAUUCUCCGCAUUGUGAAUGAAAGUGAAACAGGUUAGAGAUCAUCAAUCAUUAAUCUGGCUAGUGGCUAGGGGGAAUCAUACCUAAGUGAGUUCCCAACCUGUAAUUAGAUUAACUUUAACUGUAGUUUGCUAGAGUAGUUUUAGUUCUUUCAUCUUAAUUUGGUUUGCUAAAUAAUAAACUGAAGCUGAGUAAUAGUAACUCUAGAGACCCGUGGAUUCGAUAUUUAUCACUUGAGCCACUAUACUGCAGUCCCUUCCAUUGGUUACACUUGGCCAUUGUUAGGUGUUGUGUUUUUGGAGUGUCAAGUUUUUGGCGCCGUUGCCGGGGACUUUCUAGAGUAUUAGGAAAGGCAGAAGUUUGUUACUUUAGCGUUUUUCGUUUCUUUUCUUUUCCACCCUUGCUUUUCACUUGGGUGUUUUUGUUUUUGUUGGUGCAGAUCUGAAUCAUGGAUCCUAAUGGCUUCUCCAAUCAUUGGGGGUAUCCACCACCAUCUGGGUGGUAUUACCCCGAGACUCCGUGGAGCAAUCAGGGCGGAGAAGACUAUGGAUUCGGGUUCCAGUACCAACCCCCUUACUACUGAGAACAGCCGGACCCCUGGGCAUAUCAAGAACAACCUCAUUAUCAAGAAGAAUUUCUCCCACAACCAGAAGGGCCAUCGGCACUGGAGUUACUCAUGGAGCAGUAUGCUCGAGACUGUGAGAGAACAUGCUCCAGGAUGGAUCAGUGUGUCCAGGCCUAUCGUGAAACAGAUGAGAUCCUCCUGAGCCUUAAGAAGAGCGUCGAUGAUCUUGAGCGAUCUUGGGCGCAACCUGCUCCAGAUCACCCUUCUGCUACCAUACAAGAAGAGGAGGAGGAAGAAGAAGGCUACAAGGGCAUUGUGGAACACACUGAAGUUGUCACGGAGAGCUCCCGUGAUGAUCAUGAUCAGGCCUGUCAUGUCGUAGCCGACCACACCUUCCCAUAUCCCAAACUGAGCUUUGAAGAGGCGGGCAUGAGUGAGGAGAUGCAAGAAGAUUUCAUGAAAGAAAUUGCUUGGCAACUUGCUCUCCAAUCCGUGCUAGAAGAAGAAGAGCAAGAAAGGGUGCAGAAAGAAGUUGUGGAGGAUGACGAAAGUGAAGCUAGAGGAGUUCUUGAUCAUUUCCCAGGGGUGAUACCACAUGAAGAAGGAAGGGAGGUUGAAGAAGCAAUUGGAGUCCAGGCUGAGGACGAAGUUGAGGUGGAAGAGGCUUGCACCGGCCAUGAGUUACAUGUAAUAUCUCCACCAAACUUCGAGGAGCUGCUUGGCAAGGACCCAUUUGCAGUCUCUCUUUGCCAGACCAAGGCCACAUCGACAUCGGUCCCUCUUGGUGGACGCGAUGGUGGCCAAUCGAUGCUGUCAUAUCUGGUUUGGGGCAAUGAGACGAGAGAAGAGAAGAAGAGGUCUCGAGGGUGGAGACUUCAUCUGCAUCAAGUACAUGAGCCUUCAUCACCUGCCACACCACAUGCUCGUGACUUGAGACUCCACCUCAUCGACGAGAACCUCAACUUCAAGGAGGUUCUAGCAUGGACCGAAACUUAGGAGCCAUCGUCCGGCUCACGACGUGAAAGAAGCGCUUGUUGGGAGGCAACCCAACCAGUCGGUUUGCAUUUCUUUCUCUUUUUCUCCUCGGUUGAGUCAGUUUUGUUAUUUGAUUUUAGAGUCAAUAACUCAACCUUUGUGAGAUUUUGUGUGGUGUUUGUGUUCUGAUUACUCUCUCUUUCUGGAAUGCACCGCCUGACCCGUUCAUCAUCAUUCACCCUUGAUCUGGUAACUUCGUUCUACCCUCCUUAUCUUUCCUCCAUUGAGGACAAUGUCGUGCUUAAGUGUGGGGGGGUGUUCGAUUAUGUAUGCGGGUGAAUGUUUGGCUGUUUGUGUGCUUGGAGCCUAGUCCACUGUCCAAAUUUUUAAAUUUGAGGGCUCCAAGUACGUGUUUCCUUGCAAUUGCCUGCUCAGUAUGCUUUGAAUUGACAGUCUCUAUAGUAAUAUGCAACCUAGGGAGGUAGUGUAGCACUAUGGAGGAUGUUGAUGCAUUUAAGAAGUCUCAUGUCUUCUUCAUAUUGAGUUGGUUGAUUGAGUGAAUUAGUGAUCUUAGGACCCUUGAAUUGUGUGGUGUUUUGGAUUCUCUACCUGUCAUGGACUCUUGUAUCAUGUUUUGAAAGUAACAGGUGCUCGAAAAUGUGCUUCAAAAUAACGUCUCCCGUGCGAAUAGGGCGAAAGUGUGUAAGGGGAGACGGGAAUUCGUUCCCAAUUUCCACCUACUACCUCCAGCCCCCUUACAUGUCUUUCCCCCGCACGAGGCUCGAGACAUCCGCUCCUGGCAUGGCCGGUAAGAGCAGGUUGGGACCCUUGAAAGAAAAAAAAAGGGGAAAAAAUAACAGAAAACAAGCAAAACAGAAAGAAAAGGGGUUCCAACCAUCUUCAAGAAGAAAAUAGAGCACCUUGAAAAAUGUGAGUCCAUGAUCCUUUGUUUUUGAGAAUCUCUGCAUCCACAAUUCAUUUGUCCUCUGUUCACUAUUUGCCAUGAUGCCGACUCGAUACUAGUGCUCUCGCCGAAGAAGCUAUGAGAUGACUUGUGUGUCGGUUGACCUCGUAAGUUGCUAAAUGAUCUAGGAAAUCCUCUACCUACGAUCUGGGGUGUUUGUUGCUAUAGAGGUCUGAAGAGUUGCAUUGGUUUGAGUUAGGUUUGCUUGGGGACAAGCAAACAGUUAAGUGUGGGGGGAUUUGAUGACUCGGUAUUUGCACAUGUUUUCCCCUUUGUUUCUUGAUUGUUUGAGCUUGAAUUAUUGCGUCUUUGGCCUAUUUUAUGCUAGGUUGUAUUCCUUUGUCCCAUUUCAGGUCCUAGCACAUAAAGUGAAGCAUAGGCGCAAGUUUCAAGUCAAUCAGAGAUCAAUUGACGAUUCGAGAGAAGAAACUCGGGCAUGACCUGAAGAAGAAUGGAUUUCUACCUCACUUUAUGGACAAAGAAUCAUGCAAGCUUGUUAUGAAACGAAAGAGGACGAGACUACCAGCGUCUGGGAUCAAACGGCGAUUGAUUCGGAGUCCGGACGAGGGAGAAACGAAGCAUUAAACAGAGGCUGAGCAA